AUGUGGGUGCUGGGAACUGAAAGAGAUCAGAGAGAAGGAGACCUCCAACUGCCAUGGGAGCAGAGGCGAGUGGGUUGGAAAUGGUACGGUCCCAUUCGAUCUUCAAGGCUCAGUUUUCUCACUGCUCGGGCAGUGCCUAGACCGGUCCCAGCUCUUACUGUUUACUCCACCCACACGCCCACCCACGCCAGGCAUGCCACCCUGGCAGUUAGCCCAGUUCCUCCUCCCGCCCACGCUGGUCUAUGUGCCGCUUCUGUGAGAUGCCCUGGCUGCUUGAGGAGGGUAACUCAAGUUCUCCCCAUGUGCGGGCGUCAGAGCCCUACGAAGCGAAUCGUGGGGGGCUCGGAGGCGCGGGACGGGGAGUGGCCCUGGCAGGUCAGCCUGAGACUCAACGGCACCCACCGCUGCGGGGGGUCCCUCAUCUCCCCACAGUGGGUGCUGACGGCAGCCCACUGCUUCAGACAGACCAAGGACCCUUCCCGGUUCUCAGUGCUACUUGGGACCCACAAGCAGCUGCACCCCAGCCCCCAUGCAGUCGUAGUCUCCGUGGGGAAGAUUAUCUGCAACCCCCGCUACGGGGGCAAAAUCUCCAGUGGGGAUAUUGCCCUGGUCCAGCUAGAGAGGCCCGUGAACCUCACUGACCGCAUCGUCCCCAUCUGCCUCCCCGCUGCCGAGGUCCAGUUCCUGCCAAAGACCAAGUGCUGGGUCACUGGCUGGGGGGAUGUCAAAGGUGGAGCAGGGAAAGGCAAAGCCCCGGAGACGCUGCAGAAGCUGGAGGUGCCCAUCAUCGCCCAGGCAUCGUGCGACGCCCUCUACUGCAGGGGCAAAGGGCAGAACAUCCAGGAGGACAUGCUGUGUGCCGGGUACACCAAAGGGGGCAAGGAUGCCUGCCAGGGUGACUCCGGUGGUCCGCUGGUGUGUAAAAUGGGACAGAGCUGGGUCCAGGCAGGCGUGGUGAGCUGGGGAGAAGGCUGUGCUCAGAAAAACCGCCCCGGCGUUUACAUCCGAGUCACCAGUUACCACGGCUGGCUCCAAGAGACCGUCCCAGACCUGGCGUUCGUCCAGGGCACCACGAAUGGAACAGCCCACAGCUCCGUGGCUAACAGGAACUACGAGAAAAAAUUAAAAGACGGCAGCUUCAAUCAUGCGCCCAUGGUGCUAGCCCACACCCUGCUUCUUGUGGCCUGUGCCCUACAGCUCAUCUGA